CCGCCCGACACACCACCCGCUCUUUUUGUUGUUGCGCCCAAAAACGUGUGCUGCGCAUUUCCCAGGGUUUCCCACCAUGAGCCAGAAAACCCAGAAAACGGCGCAGUUCCACGAGCUGGAGCUGGACCAGCGCAUCCUGAAGGCGGUGGCCCAGUUGGGUUGGCAGCAGCCCACGCUCAUCCAGUCGACGGCGAUUCCGCUGCUCCUGGAGGGCAAGGAUGUGGUGGUGCGUGCACGCACGGGAUCUGGGAAGACGGCCACCUACGCCCUGCCCCUGAUCCAGAAGAUCCUCAACUCCAAACUGAAUGCCAGCGAGCAGUGCGUGAGUGCUGUGAUCCUGGCGCCCACCAAGGAGCUGUGCCGCCAGUCGCGCAAGGUGAUCGAGCAGCUGGUCGAGUCCUGCGGCAAGGUGGUCCGCGUGGCGGACAUAGCCGGCAGCUCCAGCGAUGCGGUGACCCAGCGGCACGCCCUGGCCGAGAGGCCCGACAUCGUGGUGGCCACGCCGGCCAAGCUGCUGGCCCACGCCGAGGCCGGCGGCGUGGUCGAUCUGAAGCAUGUGGAGACCUUGGUGGUGGACGAAGCGGAUCUGGUGUUUGCCUUUGGCUACGAGAAGGAUUUCAAGCGCCUGAUCAAGCACCUGCCGCCCAUCUACCAGGCUGUUCUGGUCUCCGCCACCCUUACCGACGAUGUGGUCCGGAUGAAGGGCCUGUGCCUCAACAACCCGGUGACGCUGAAGCUGGAGGAGCCGGAACUGGUGCCGCAGGACCAGCUGACGCACCAGCGCAUCCUGGCCGAGGAGAACGACAAGCCGGCCAUUCUGUAUGCCUUGCUUAAGCUGAGGCUCAUACGCGGCAAGAGCAUCAUCUUUGUGAACAGCAUCGACCGCUGCUACAAGGUUCGCUUGUUCCUCGAGCAAUUCGGCAUCCGAGCCUGCGUCUUGAACUCCGAGCUGCCGGCCAACAUUCGCAUCCACACAAUCAGCCAGUUCAACAAGGGCACCUACGACAUCAUCAUCGCCUCCGACGAACAUCAUCUGGAGCAGCCGGGCGGCAAGUCGACGGCCAGCCGCAAAUCCUCGCGCUCCGGCGACAUGGAGUCGAGUGCCUCGCGCGGCAUUGAUUUCCAGUGCGUGAACAAUGUGAUCAACUUUGAUUUCCCCCGCGAUGUUACGUCUUAUAUCCAUCGGGCUGGCCGAACGGCCAGAGGGAACAACAAGGGCUCCGUUCUGUCGUUUGUGAGCAUGAAGGAGGCCAAGGUGAACGAUGCCGUGGAGAAGAAGCUGUGCGACAGCUUUGCAGCCCAGGAGGGCGAACAGAUCAUCAAGAACUACCAGUUCAAAAUGGAGGAGGUGGAGUCCUUCCGUUACCGCGCCCAGGAUUGCUGGCGCGCCGCCACGCGUGUCGCCGUCCACGAUACUCGCAUACGGGAGAUCAAGACGGAGAUUCUGAACUGCGAGAAGCUCAAGGGCUUCUUCGAGGAGAACAAGCGCGAUCUGCAGGCGCUGCGGCACGACAAGCCGCUGCGCGCCAUCAAGGUGCAGAGUCAUCUGUCCGACAUGCCCGAGUACAUUGUGCCCAAGGCCCUGAAGCGAGUAGUUGGCUCGUCCAGUGCCUCUUCCGCCGGCGCUUCGGAGGCCAAGCAGCCGCGCCAGUCGGCCGCAAAGGCAGCCUUCGAGCGACAGAGCAACGAUCCGCUGAUGGUCAGCCAGGUGGACUUCGGGAAGAGGCGCCCUGCCCCGCGGCGGAAAAAGAAGGCGUUGUAGGGGAGCAAAUGCCGUUUUAGGGGAGGUAGCCUGUUAUCCAUAGUCGCUUUUAGUGUGUAAGCAAAAACUUAUUUUGUGCGUAUGAUUUAAGGAAAACAUAAAAACAGCUUUAUACAAGAUGUGAACCGUUUAUAUUUGAAGAUUUGUGAUCAUCUCAGUAGCAAAAUCGCAAUAAGUAAACGUUAUUUGCUCAACAAAUUGAAAUUUUAAA